GCAGGUGUUUGACCUGGGUCACAUGAACAGGGCGACAGCGUGCACUAAUCUAAACGAGCACAGCUCUCGCUCUCACGCUCUCCUUAUCGUCACAGUGGCGGGUUUCAACUCUUCCACAGGCCACCGUACCUCAGGUAAGCUCAAUCUGGUGGAUCUGGCUGGUUCCGAGCGGAUUACCAAAUCCGGCGCCGAGGGCAACCGUCUGCGCGAGGCUCAGUGUAUCAACAAAUCACUGUCUGCGCUGGGCGACGUCAUCAACGCCCUGCGCUCCAAACACUCGCAUGUGCCCUUCAGGAACUCCCGCCUCACGUACCUACUGCAGGACUCGCUCAGCGGAGACAGCAAGACCCUCAUGAUGGUGCAGGUGUCUCCUCUAGAGAGUAACGCCAGUGAGUCGGUUUGCUCUCUGAAGUUCGCUCAGCGUGUUCGGACUGUUGAGAUCGGGCCCUCGUCUUCCUCACGCCGCCAAGCAGAGAACUCCUCUACAUCCUCCUCUCCAACUCAUGACAGCGUGGAGGUACAGCGUCACAGACACACACAUCCUCACGUGUUCAUGUCUGAAAACAACAACGUCUUUGAGAUCUGUCCUUCACCCACAAUUUUUCUUCUGUUACUAAUGCAGUGGCCACAAUACACUCAUUAUUCCACUUUUCCUUCUCUCCGGUUCAUAUUUAUACUGUAA